ACCGCCGUCGCCAGCGCCUGGGGCCGUGUCCCGCGCAUUUGAAAAUUCCCGCGGAGGUUCGCUGCGGAUCUCGCGAGAACUCGGCCCGUCCCCCCACUCCCGUCCCGCCCCCCGCGCGGCGGGUGAGCGAGCGAGUGAAGAAUGCGAGACCUAACAGCUCAGGUAACGAGCAGUCUGCUGCAGUUUCCAGAGGUGACUGUUGAGGCACUUGGGGAGGAUGAGAUCACCCUAGACUCUGUGCUGUGUGGGAAGUUUUCUGGAGGCAGGAGUGGCCUGGCGUGGCUGGCGUGUGGCCCCCAGCUGGAGGUGGUGAACUCGGUGACAGGAGAGCGGCUCUCUGCCUAUCGCUUCAGCGGGGUCAGCGAGCAGCCUCCCGCCGUCCGCGUGGUGAAGGAGUUCUCCUGGCAGAAGAGGACUGGGCUCCUGGUUGGCUUGGAGGAAGCAGAGGGAAGUGUUCUCUGCCUGUACGACCUUGGGAUCUCAAGAGUGGUUAAAGCAGUUGUUCUUCCAGGAAGGGCUAUGAGUGGGAGUAAGGUGGCAAAAUGCAUUCAUUUCUCACAUGCUUUUAUGUGUUCAGAUCUAGAAGUUGUCACUAGAAUUCCUGCUGAAGUUCCCCAAAGAAGAGAAGCUGUGACCAGGGAAGGGAGGCAUCUCUGUUUUCAGUUGCGAAGUCCUUCAGGAACAGCAGUAUCCACCCUGUGCUACAUAAGCAGAAGCAACCAGCUCGUUGUGGGAUUUUCUGAUGGCUACUUAUCACUAUGGAAUAUGAAAACUUUGAAGAGGGAGCACCACUCCCAGCUUGAAGGAGGAAGGAUUCCUGUCUAUGCAGUUACUUUUCAAGAGCCUGAGAAUGAUCCCCGCAAUUGUUGCUACUUGUGGGCUGUUCAGUCUACACAACAAAGUGAAGGUGAUGUUGUGAGUUUACAUCUGUUGCAGUUAGCAUUUGGUGACAGGAAACGCCUGGCAUCUGGACAAGUCAUGUAUGAGGGUUUGGAAUACUGUGAUGAAAGGUACAGUUUAGACCUCACUGGUGGAAUCUUUCCCUUGAGAGGGCAGACCAGCAAUACUAAAUUACUCAGCUGUCAGACCAUAGAGAAAUUUCGCAACCAUGCUGACAGAGAGGAUAACGUUAAUGAAGUAAUCUCUCCUGACACCAGUGUAUCAAUCUUCAGUUGGCAAGUGAAUACCUAUGGUCAGGGAAAACCUUCUACUUAUUUGGGAGUGUUUGACAUCAAUCGCUGGUAUCAUGCCCAAAUGCCAGACUCGCUGAGGCCAGAAGAAUUCCUUCAUGAUUGCCCCUAUUUUGCCCUGUGGUCACUGGAUCCUGUAAUAAGCAUGACUUCUCCAAACCUCAUUUUGGAUAUUCUGGUACACGAGCGUAGUCUGAGUCGGGGAGUUCCUCCUUCUUAUCCACCACCUGAACAGUUCUUUAAUCCAAGCACCUAUAAUUUUGACGUGACGUGCUUGCUCAGCUCGGGAGUUGUUCACAUGACUUGCACCGGCUUCCAGAAGGAGACCCUGAAGUUUUUGAAGAAAUCUGGUCCUUUAAUAAGUGAAGCCAUCCGUGACAGCUACUCUCGGUGUCUUGUAGCUGGCUUGCUGUCUCCAAGACUGGUUGAUGUCCAGCCAUCCAGUCUGAGUCAGGAGGAGCAGUUGGAGGCAGUGCUGUCAGCUGCUGUGCAGACAGGCUCUUUAGACCUUCUGACGGGAUGCAUUAAACACUGGACUUCUGAAGAGCAGCCAAGUUCUGCUGUAAAUUUACGGUUUGUUCUUGAGUGGACGUGGAACAAAGUGAUCUGUACAAAAGAUGAACUGGACCAAAUAUGUGUUACGCUGUUUGACGGCUCCUGCAACUUCAUUGACCCGCAGACAUUGCAGUCCCUCCAGCACUGCCAGCUGCUGCUGAGCAACCUCAGCACAGUCCUGAACUGUUUCCUAGCAGAAGCCCGAGAGCUUACAGAGAAAGGUUUUACAGACUUGACAAAUAAGCAGAUGGUAACCAGCCUCAUUUCUUUGUAUGCACAAGUGGUGAUCUGGUUCUGUCGAUCCAGUCUCCUUCCUGAAGGUUUAGAUGAUCACAUGCAUUUGUCCAGACCUUUCUACAAUUACCCUCUGAUUCAGAGCUACUAUACGGGUCACCGACAGAAACUCGAGCGCUUGUCAAGAGGCAAAUGGGAUUCUGAUUGCUUGAUGAUUGAUGGAAUGGUUUCCCAGCUGGGAGAGGAAGUGGAGAAGUUGUGGCAGAGAGAUGAAGGCGGCACUGGGAAAUACCCACCUGUUAGUUUACAUGCACUGCUGGAUCUCUAUUUGCUAGAAAGCAUUGAAGAAAGCGACAAACAUGCAAUUACAAUUUACUUGCUGCUGGAUAUUAUGCAUUCCUUUCCAAAUAAAACAGAAACUUCAAUUGACUCCUUUCCAACUGCCUUUGCUAUCCCUUGGGGUCUUGUUAAGCUGAUUCAAGGGUUUUGGCUUCUAGAUCACAAUGAUUAUGAAAAUUCCCUGGCCCUGCUCUUCCAUCCAGCCACACUCAAGACAGUGUCAUGGCAGCACAUGAGGAUAAUCCAGUCCCUGAUGUGCCAGGGGGAGCACAGGCGAGCCCUCAGGUACAUGCAGAUGAUGAAGCCGUCCAUGUCCAGCAGCAACGAGGUGCGGCUGUUCCUCACCGUGCUCUUGUCCAACAGGUGCAUGGUGGAGGCUUGGGGUCUGUUGCAGCAACACACCACGAAGUUAAACAUAGAGGAGCUGCUAAAGCACAUGUAUGAAAUCUGUCAGGAGAUGGGGCUGAUGGAGGAUUUGCUGAAGCUGCCCUUCACAGACACAGAAAAAGAGUGUUUGGAGAAGUUUUUACAGACCAAAUCUGGUGUUCACAACCAUGAAUUCCUCUUAGUCCACCAUCUGCAGCGUGCCAACUACAUCCCAGCACUCCAGCUGAAUCAGUCCAUGAAGGCUCAUCUAUUGAAUGAUCGUGAUCCUCGCUUGAGAGAGAGAGCAGUAGCCAGAAAUUCUCUCUUAGACCAAUAUAGCAAGAUCCUUCCCACAGUCCAGAGGAAGCUGGCAGUAGAGAGAGCCAAGCCGUACCGUUUGCCUUCAUCGGUCUCAAGAGAAGUGCCAAGGCCAAAGCCAUUAUCAACAGCCACAAGGCAGGCUAAUGCAGGAAAUGUGCAUACAAGAGCAACUUUCAUCAGUAAAGUUUUGUCCAAAAUUGGAGAAGUAUGGCUAGGAAAUGAGGAGAAAACAAAUACCUCACAAUAUCAUAGUCCUAGAACUACAGAGCCAGCAGUCAGUACACAUCCUCUCCCUGGUACAGAGUUGCCUGAUGCAUUUCUUGGGACACCUAUUACAAAACUUUCUCAAAGGUGUUCAAGAUUGCUGGAUUUGGUGGUUCGUCCUGUUCCUUCCUGCUCUGUGGCACACGAGGAGAGCUGGCAGUCCCCGUGCAGAGCUUCCACUUCUUUUGUGGCAUCCAGCCCCCCGAGAGCAAACACACAGCACUCCAGCUCCCAAAAUAACCUGACAAGAGCAUCAGAGUUGAAUUUACUGGAAACUCCUCGUGUGGUCAAGAGAGCUAAAGUUUUGGCCACAUCUUCCGGUUUUCCUGGGUUUACUCCUCAGUCUAUUCUCAGGUCCAGCCUUCGCACUACACCCCUAGCAACUCCCUCUGCAUCCCCAGGACGAUCUGUUACUCCUCCUCUACGAGCAAAGGAACCUAGAAUAUCUUUCAGGGAAGAGAGCUCACAUGCAAAGUGGACUGUUGUGGUGACAGAAGAUGAUAAAGCACUAUUUGGAACUUCAUCUGAGCAGCAUCAAGGCUUGGUAGAGGAUGCUUGGUCUGAAAGCAGAACUAAACCAACUCUGUUUACUCUGAGCAGUCCUGGGGAAGAUCGUGCUGAAUUGCAGGAGUCUUUAGAAAGCAUGGCUGGAGAUGAUUUGGAGAAGAUGGAUGUCAGCAAGGAAAAUAGUAACUUCUCUGUCAGAUCAGACCAGACUACUUUGGAGUAUCAUGAUGCACAGUCACCUGGUGAUUUUGAAGAUGAUGUCAUCUUUAUAUCUGCUAAACCAGCUAAUUCUUCCUCUGAAGCAACUGUUGAUGUUCAAGAAUUGGAGAAGGAGGAAGAACAUGAAAUGGUUGAAGAUAAACCUUUCCAGAUAGAACAACCAGAUCCUUCAGGGCAAAGAAAAGAAGCAGGAUUUGUAGAAGAAUCAAAUGCUGAAUAUCAGACCCUUCCUGAGUAUAAGCCAGUGUUUAAAGCUGCUGAGGCUGCAACUUCUGGGGCUGGAAAUGAAGGUGCAACAACCUACCAGGAGUCUGAAAUGACCUCUUCAUCAGAAGAAAAAGCCAUAGUGGUUGCAACAAACCCACAGCUCGCUGAAUCCCCGGAGGCUGACAGUGAAUCUGUGAUAAGUAUCCUUGACAGUGAGGACAUGGUCAGUGCUCCGUCUCAAAAUCGCCUUGAGGGCAAGGGUGUGGAUUUAGCUGAAGAAUGUAACCCUGAAGCAGCUGAAGCCGAAGAAGUCCCUGUUUCUAGCAAUCCUCCAAAAACUGAGGAAAUUAAUGUUAUAGAAGAUACCUCAGAACCAGCACCUGAAACAUCACCAUAUAGUGAGCUAGAUCCAUCAAAUGUUCUUCAUUAUAGCUAUGAAAAUAUAGAGCAACAGUUUGCAUGUGAUUUGCCUGAUAACAAAGAUAGUGAAUGUGAUGCAGCUGAGGGAGAUGGCGACCUUUUUCUAUCUCAGAAUAAUUUUACCUUAGUUUUGGAAGGAGAAGAAGGGGAAGCAGAAAUGGGAGACCCUACAUCAGCAGAUGCUUCUAAACCAGAUGACACAACAAAAGAAGAAAAGCCUGUGACCAGUUUAGGAAAUUCUGAAAGCCAGGAACAUGUUACAAACUCAGUGUCCACUGUAACUGGUGAUCAGGAAUCUCAAAAUAUUGCAGAGUCACUCCCAUAUGUGCCUGAACCUAUUAAGGUUGCCAUUGCUGAGAACUUACUGGAUGUAAUCAAGGACACGAGAAGUAAAGAAUUUACAUCUGAAGUUGUAGAACAAUCAAUCCAUGAAACCAUAGGUAAAAAGGUAACUAGAUUCCAGAAGGCAAAAGCUCCUUUAACACCUGUGCUAGAAGCAGUGGGAGAGGAAACCAGCAGACACCAUUAUGGCACUGCUCCACGAACACGCACAAGGGGACGGCUGGGUAGAGGUCUGGGUGUUCUGUCAGCAGACACUCAGCAGCUGCUGAAGACAGACAGCCCUGCUCUGCUUGGCCUGUCUCCUCGGAGAAGUACCAGGCUAACAAAAGAAGCCCCUCAGACUCCCAGGCUCCAGACAGAGGAAAAUGUUCAAGAGGAGCAAACACCUGUGACACCUGUUACUCCUAGGAGAGGUAGGAAACCUAAACUGUCCAAUUUAGAAAAAACAGAGAGCAGCCUUUCUGAUGGACAAACCUUGUCUGACAGUACACGGCCUGUUACUCCCAGGAGAGGAUUAAGGAGAGCAAAGGAAGCUGCAUCUGAACUCCAAGAACAGCCUAAUGAGGAAAUGCCUCUUGCUGAAGGCAGCAUUACUGCUUCUUUCACUUCCAGAAGGACUAAAGGAGGAAAAAGUUUAGGUGGAAGUCCAGAAACUGGCAAGACUGAUACUGAUCAUCAAGUAAAAUCAGCCGUCAGUCCCAGUAGAAGUGCCAGAAAGAUGAAAAGCUUUAGUUUACAGUUUACUGAAGAUACUGUCAAGGAUCAACAGGUGCAGCUUAGUGACCAACUCCUUUUACCAGUGCCAAGUAAAAGAGGCAGAAGAAGAAAGAUUAGUUCAUCAGAAGUUUCAGAAAAUUCUGAUCUUGAUGUGUCUAAAUCAUCUGUUCCUCAAACAGAAUUUAAACUUCCUGUCACACCUAGAAGAAGUGCUAGGAAGGCGGCACAAAAUGUCGUGGCAGACCAAGAAUCUGCCUCUUCUCAGGAAGACAUACAUUCAGGUGUGAAGGUAGAAGCCCUUCAUACUCCUAAGAGAAAAACUAGGAGAGUGCCACCAGAGAACCCAGAAAAAGUGGAUACUCAUGAACAAACUCCUGCAGAGCCAAGUGAGGAGCCAGCCACACCCAGGACUACAGUGAGGACAGGGCAGCGGGGCAGGAAGAGGAGAUCAGUGUCAGUAGAGACCCCCCAGGGACCUGGGGGCAGUCCUUUGCUGCUGGAAGACAUAAAUCCCUCAGGACAAGAUCAGACAUCCAGAGCUCUGACAGAUCGGGUUACGAGGACCAGAUCCCGCAGGACUGCCAUCCAUCAGAAACUGGCUGUUGAGGAAAAUGAGGCUUUCCUUUUCUCUCCUCCUCUCACAAAGCUGACAAAGAAAUUUGAAGCUGGAAAAACAGACCAUCCUGUGCAGUUCCAGGAUUUGGACCCGGAUUUGUCUUCUCAAUUUGUCUUUUCACCCCCUCUUUUGAGGUCAAGGAGAAAAACUGUAGCUAGCAUUUCCCGAAUUGUGAAAGAAGCAGAGCUUCCAGCUAAAGAGGAAGAGGAUACCAAAUCCAUAGAGGCCGGGGUAAAGCAAAAAUUGAAGAGAGGUAGAACUCCAAAAUCAGAAAUGAAGAAAGGAAGCAAAACCACAAAAGAUUCUUGGUCACCUCCACCAGUUGAAAUAAAAUUCAUCUCUCCUUUUGGAAGUCCAGUGGAUGGAACAAAAACCAAGCAGAAAGAAACUACAGAUGCAGCAGGGAAGACCCUAAGAAAGAACAAAAAAAGACUGUCUAAUUUUCCAAAGCCAGUUGUGCGCCGGAAGAUGCUGUAACUGUUUUUUUUUUAAGUUUAUAAUGUACACCACUGUUUGUAAAGUCAUCAAAAUUGUGUGAAUUAGUAAAAAGAAGAAAAAUCAUCUAAUUUGGAAGAGAUAAUUUAUAUAAAUUAUUGUAAAAUUUCAUAAAAAAUGGUCUUCAGUAAGUAACUCCAUAUGGAGUGUGAUUUCCUCAGUCAAUGCAGUUUUCUAUUUUAUAUUAAGACUUCAUACAUUUAUAUAAUAUGUAAAUACAGCUUAUUUUAGGAAUGUUAAAUAAAAAUGUAUACUUCACAAUGUGCUUACUGUCUGAUAGCUUUUUGAGGGAAUAUUGGGUUGAAUGACCUGUAUUGCUCAGAACUUUUAAUGUUGGUUUGUGGGAGUUACAGACUCCCAAAAGUGAUUCCAAAAGCUUUUAAAAAUUUUUUUAGAAUUCCUGUAACAAGUAAACAUUUUAAAUAUACUAGUUUUAAUUUUAAAAUUACAUUUGACCUUCUGGAACAAAUAAUUGGACUUACAAUACAAACUGGUAAUUCUUUACAUUCACGGUUAAGUUGUACUGUAUUGAAGUCAGAAUGUAAACAAUUGUGUUUUAAGCUGUGCAAUAUAUUUUUUUUGUAUUUGUCUUAAACUUUGGGAAAGCUGCUCUUUAGUUCAUAAAACCAGAUCACACCUCAGAUGUGUCAUUAUUUCUUAAAAUCUGUUGUCAGAUGCUUGGUUUGAUGCUUACAAUAGCAUAUCAGAUUUAAAGGGAUACUACCCAGAUACUUUGAAAUUUGAGCCAAAAUUAUUUUCAUAAUAUGACUGCUACUAUAAUUGAAAUGCUUACUGUCUGUAAACAUGCUUUACAGUAUUUGAAACUUGCAUAUCACAGCACUGAAAAUCUGAUGGUAAAGCCUAUAUAAUAGUCUGAAAAAGGUACAAAAAUGUACAGAAAUCUUAGUUAGAAACCGUAUUUUUGAAUACUUAUUUCAUUAACAGUGUUGGGUUAAGAAGUAUAUGUCCCUAUGAAGUUUCAAUUUGUAUAAAUAAAGUCACAAACCUAUUCUUUUAAAAGCAGACAUGGAAGUACUAUUUUGAUGUGCAGUCUUUUAGACAAUGGAUUAUUUUUCUGUAUGUUAAUUUAUAUAUGGAUGCAACUUUGAAGACUACAGAAUGGUGGAACCUGAUAUUAAACUUUUCAAUUAGUAAAAACUACUACAGUUAUUCAAGACAUAAGUUAUUUAUUAACUAAUAUCUUGUACAUAGUGAAUGAAUGUAUUAAUUAUAGACUAAGCUUGUAAAAGAAGAUUGCUCUGGGGCUGUGAUUUUUCUGUCUCAGAACAGAUCUUUCUAGAGAAGCAAUUGCAUGCACUUGAAUAUUUUUCUCCUUGGGGAAGUAUUCAUGACUGAAUGAAAGCUUAAAAAAGAGUCAAAAGUUAAAAAUGUGAAAGUGGCAGUAAAUUGAGACCUUUGAGUCAAGUUAGUAAUUAUUUUUUCUGUUUACUUUGUACAUGAGUGACUAUAAAUAUGGUCAAAGAGGAAAGGGGAGGGAAGUUUAGCAAUUUUUAUAUUCAUAUUUCUCAGAAGUGCAGUCAGUAGCUCAAAAUGGGGUAAAAGGUCAAAUUUUCAAUAUUGGAAUAGAAUAGAGAUGACAAAUCUGACUUCUUUUUGUAGCGUGCAAGAGUAUUUAUAAAAUACUCUGAUUGUUGUCAAAUUGAAUUGACUGAUGAAAUGCUAGUGAAGAUUGCUUAAUAGGGUUUUGAUGCAUUUCUGUAAUUUAUCCUUAUAUAUGUAUAUUUUUUGUAUGAAAAUUAUUUAGAAAAAUGAAAAUAUAGCAUUAGCUGAUUUUAUUAGUUUUUAGCGUCUAUUUUAUUUACACCUCAGCUAAAAUAUUUGUCUGUGCUUAGGAAGAAAGCAAGUAACAGCAAAAGACAAUUGGCAAUAGAUUUAAUAACUUCCUAAAGGUUUGUAUUUUUCUAGUAAUUUUGUACUUCAAAGGAGUUUUAAUUAUGUGUUGAAAUGUUUUACUGUUUUGUCUCUUUUGUUGUAACUUGGAUUUGGUGCACAGUUCUCCAGUGCAGACCAGUUUCCCCAAGGAACAGUUUAAAAAGGAGCCUCAGCAUAAUAUGUAACAAGGAGUGGGCACAGAAAUUUGAGGGACAUAGAAGGAAAUGGAAGCAAAACCAGACACUGUGACUCUGUUUAGGGGCUGAGAAAAGGAAGAAGCUGGGGAACAGUGUUAAGGCACCAGCUCAAGGAUGGGUUUAUAACGGAGUGGAGAAAAUAGACUUUAUGUAGGUGCUCUCUGUGUAGGCUUGCUACAUAUGUGAAGGAUGAGUGAAAAAGAUUUGCAGCUGUUUGCACAUGGAUCUGAGAGGGAGAGAGCAGUAGCGCCAGAGAAGGGCAGGAGGGACCUGUGAGAGGAGGUGGGAUGCAUUGUGGUGGCGGAUGGAUGCAGAAGGCUCUGGGGGGCAUAGAAAUGAGAUUUUCCAGCAAACAAGGUGGGAAUUUCACAGGAGCUACAGCUCAUUGCUAAAUAGAAUAUUCUGAAGGUUUCCUGUAGAAAGGGAAGUAAUUCCUUGAUUCCCUAAUGUUUUUAUCCCCUAAAAAGUGCUGGAUGGCUAAAAGCUGAAGCCAGAUUGUGCAUCUGUACCUUUGGGGUGUAACCCCAAAGAAAACUCCUCUAGAAGGUUGACCACCUUGGGACAGCAGAAUCUUAGCUUUCAGGAAGAAUAAAAUGCAGUGCAAUGGCAGAUUUUACUUCCAGGAAGCACACAGCAGGAGAUAUUAGUGACAGGAGUAUGAAUAACAUUAGGGCUGUUGGAAGGUAUUUUGUAAGAAAAGAAAUGUUACAGUGGAAAUUAUUCUUUUGAGUUACCUCACAAACUUUCUUUUCUUCGAAUAUUCAUAAGCUAAGGCUGGUGAAAGUAUUUGUUCUAUGUUCUAACAUGAGGGAGAGUUAAAUCUAUUUUACUUUCAAUAGGCACUGAGUGCUUGAAGUACUAAUUGAUUCAUGUUGACUUUAUUUGCCUUAAUAUUUGCACGUCCAGUGUGCAAAUAAGGGCACAGAUAACUAUUUAUUCCCCCAUCAGAACUUCUUCUCAUCAAAGGCUACUCUCAGGGUUGUCAGUGCAAUAAAUUUGUUUGCUGCAAUUUCAUUACUUCCCAUGUAACUAAUAUAUAGCAAAGUUGUUGAUUUCUGGUGGGGGGGAAAAGAAAGCUAUAGCAGAAAACAACCUACAGGUUCUCAUGAGUAGUUAGGCAAUGCUUGCAACCAGUUAGUCUAGGCCAAUCUGAAAAUACUGAAAUAAUAGAAAUUUAGGUAAUAGGACAAAGCUUGUUUCUUCGUACUUUUGUCUUCUGUGCAAGAUUCAGGGUUUCCAUUCCAGGAAUGCUUUUUUCACCGAAGUAGUCAAGAUAACGAUAAGAUAAUGAGUCCCUUUGAUGUGCUUAAAGAUAAAUGUUCUGUAGUUCCUGUGGAAUUAAAGUUGUUCCUUAAAUAAAAUGCGUUUUCCAGCA